UAACAACACUCAAAUACGUACCAAAAAACCCAUCAUUCUUUUUGUACAUAUAGCUAGCCCUUUCUUUGAAGGAAGUUGUGUACUAUAUUUCAUUUUCUAAAGAUGAUUGGGUUAGAGGAUGUUUACAAGGUGGUUGCAGCCAUGGUGCCACUAUAUGUGGCUCUACUUUUAGGUUAUGGUUCGGUUCGAUGGUGGCACAUUUUUACGUUAGAACAAUGCAACGCCAUCAACCGGUUUGUAUGCCUCUUCACCCUCCCUCUCUUCACUUUCGACUUUACAGCCCAUAUCGACCCUUUCAAGAUGAAUUACCGUUUCAUUGGGGCAGACGCCAUCUCCAAAGUUAUUAUCGUAUUUGUGCUUGCCCUUUGGGCUAGAUUUAGUACUAAAGGAAGCUAUUGUUGGUCCAUAACAAGCUUCUCUUUGUCUACUUUAACUAACUCCCUUGUUGUAGGUGUACCCUUGAUUAGGGCCAUGUAUGGUCAAGAGUUUGUUGACCUAGUUGUUCAAGGAUCAGUGGUUCAAGCAAUAGUUUGGCUCACUGCACUCUUGUUCGUGUUAGAAUGUAGACGAGCAGCAUCGACUGAUUGCUCUAUUAAUGCUACAACAGAAUCCAAGGAUUUGGAAGGGAAUACUAAGACAUAUGAUCAACAAGUUGUUAGUAGAUCAUCGUUCGUCUCUUUGAUGAAAGUUGUGUCUUUGAAACUUUCCAUGAACCCUAAUUCAUAUUCUUGCGUAAUUGGCAUCAUUUGGGCAACCCUAUCAAAAAGGUUUAAUUGGCCGAUGCCGGACAUGGUUGAAGGAUCAAUAUUGAUCAUGUCAAGGGCUGGGACAGGCACUGCCAUGUUUAGCAUGGGAUUGUUCAUGGCACAACAGGAUAAAUUGAUUGCAUGUGGACCAAGUCUAACGGUGAUGGCAAUUGUUCUCAAGUUUUUCGCCGGACCAGCUGCUAUGGCGGUCAGUUGCAUCGCCGUAGGUCUGCAUGGAGAUGUUUUACGUGUUGCAAUAAUGCAGUCUGCUUUGCCACAGUCCAUCACUUCAUUCAUAUACGCAAAAGAAUAUGGAUUGCACGCUGAUGUUCUUAGUACUGCGGUUAUCUUUGGCAUGAUUGUCACUCUCCCAAUUUUGGUUGGAUUCUAUGCUGUCUUGGAAUUUCUACACUGAUUCCUUCCCAUACAAAUAACUAGUUGGUCUAUAUAUAUUCUUAUAAUGUUUCUAAAUUUUUAACAUAUUGAACCAUAUGAUGAACUCCAAUUAACAGUAAUUUGAGUUUUCUUGUAUGUUUAAUUUACCCUUAAUUCCAUUGUAUCUAGACAAGUGUAACAUAUUUCUUUGUUGGUACGUUGGAUAUGUUUAAUAAAGAAGAUUUUGUAUAAAUUAUUCAAUUAGCAUUGCUUUUGCGGUGUAGGACUACGUACAAUUAGACUUCCAUAAACGAUGUUCUUGAAGAUCUCUGCAAGAAAACCCAUGUAACCAACCCAUAAUCUUCUUGUAGCUGUGACUUUCGGCAUU